AUGCUAGCCGUCGUGAAAAAGAACAGCGUCAUGACUCAAACUUUUCACUCGAAGUGUUUUAAAAGGUAGUACAUAAACAACAAACAAAUAAACAAAGAAUUUGAGUUCUUCAGAAGAUCGCACGUUUGUUUUAUAUGUUGAUAACAGAUUUACUUAUUAUUCUUCGUUCUUUGGAUGUCUGAUUUUUUUAUGAUUACAGUCAAGCCACACGAUCAAUGGGAAAGAAGCUUCGGGCAUGGACGCUCUCGCCCCCUUGGACGACCUCGCACCAGAUGGCAAGACCCCUUCAAGAAAGUUGUUGGACGAUCACGGAUGGAAAUCCUCCCCAUUCCUCAGUGGAGUACAUUCAUGGAACCUUUCCCCAGUGCAUAAUAAUACUCUUGGAUGAAGUAAAAAAGGAGAUAAAGAAGAGCUUUAAGGACGGCAAAGGCAGCGUCAGAUUUUAA